GCCUCGCGCCAUUUUAAGAAAGGAACGACUCGUUCAACUGGGUGAGAACACACGUUGGGUAUUGUGUGGACCGAAAUACACACAAAAAUACCGAGUGAAUUAAAGAAAUUCAUGCACGAAGGUCUUCCACAGAAACACGCAAGAGGAUUUUGGCCCGAAAAUCGGAGAUUUCGUUGGAGCCGAAUGAAAAACUGAGGUGAACAAUGACUCAGUUUCUUCCGCCGAACCUGUUGGCAUUGUUUGCCCCGCGGGACCCCAUACCGUUCCUGCCUCAACUGGGAAAGCUUCCUCACGAGAAACACCACAACCAGCCCUACUGCGGAAUUGCUCCUUUUAUCCGGCAUUUUGAGGACCCCAGAGAUGCCCCUCCACCCACAAGAGCAGAGACACGGGAGGAGAGACUGGAGAGGAAGAGAAGAGAAAAAAUGGAGAGGAGGCAAGUUGUGGUUGAAGGAGAGCUGAAAUUAUGGGACCCACAUAAUGACGCUAAUGCCCAAGGAGAUGCGUUUAAGACCCUGUUUGUGGCUCGAAUUAAUUAUGAUACCACAGAAUCCAAACUGCGGCGAGAGUUUGAGGUCUAUGGUCCUAUCAAACGGAUCUACAUUGUGUACAACAAGAAAACUGGAAAACCAAGAGGCUAUGCGUUCAUUGAAUACGAGCACGAGAGAGACAUGCACUCCGCCUAUCUCUGAUGGCUAUUGGCCAGAGCUGGCUUGCAGAUCAUGAUGAUGGUUUUGAUACAUCUACACCCUACUACCACAGCUCAGUGUAUGGUUGGUAUGAUGGGUUUGUAUGAUGGGUAAGAUUUCUUUACACCCCUCAUCUAAUUAUAGGUCGAUUGGGUAUACUAAAUUCAUUCUCAUCUGCCCUGUUUUAGGGCUAAAUGUAGGGCUGCUAGUUGUCAUUGAAAGCGCUUUGGGUCGGUUGUAGUGAUCGUGAGCCUGGCAUUAAUCUCUUCUAUUAAAGCCAUCACACUGCUUUUAACGUGGUUAGACAGGUGCAUGUUUGCACAAAUAUGAGAGAGGUACAUUUAAAACAGAAUAGUGUUAAGAUCUCUUUGGAUGUGUUGCAGUUUGUGUAACACAAUAUUAGUUAUACCCAAGUGAAAGGUGGUCUUGAUUUUAGUUUUUUUUUUAAGUAGAAUUUCUUAUGGGAGAUUAUUAUAUUGUCAUUAUCCAUUCAAAUAUCACUGCACCAAAUGGUGUCUUUCCAUUUUCUUUCAGUUGUUGAAUAAAGGUCAAUAGAUGCUUACUCUUUAUAAAAUUAUAUUAAGCAAAGUCAGAUUCAUGAUAGUUAUGCAAAUUCAGUGCAUUAACGAUAGGAAAUCACCUUUAAUUUUAAAAGUGAAUUUGUGAGCUGUACCAAUUUUAAUUAGUGUAAUGGCAGAUGAACUUUGUUGCUAACAAAACAAGCAAAUAUUUUGUUGUUUAAGUUUCAUUCUACUUAAUGUAGUUGUUACUACGUGCUUAUGUUUGACCUAAUCUAAUUUUGCGUGAUGGUACUGGACUUUAAGUAUUUGACUCUUAAAUUUUUCCUGUUUGAUUUUAAGAGCAAAUUAAGUCUUUUAAAGUUUCAUUUUUAAGAAUCAAGCAAAAUGUAUUCCGAGAUGUAGUACAUUCUCUUCAUAAGCAUUCAAUCUAGGUUUUUGGAAUUAGGAUUAAUAGAUUAGAUUAACUACAGGCUUUAGAAAUUAAAAUCACUACAUCUGAACCCAAAUACAUAAAAAAAAUCUGUUGACAUGGAAUCACCUCGUUCUUUAAUGGUUAAAUUAAGUUUCUCUGGGGCGGUUUAUCCUUAGGCCUAAGAAAUCUGUUUGCGUUAAGGAGCAAGAAUCUACAUUGAGAGAAUUUUUAUUUUUUAUAAUAUCUUAGAUUUGUUUGUCCAAAUGAAUCAUCUUUAUUUUCUAAGCUUUAAGUGCGCUGGAAAUUACAAUGAUAGAUCCAAUUAAACAUAAGGACUUUUUUUACUUGCCUUAACUUACCAUUUCUAAAAAAAAAUGCGUUAAAUAAAAUAUUUUAAGAUUGCUUAAAUUGUCACUGGCAAGGCCCCAUAGAUUUGAAAAGAAUUUAACCUGGAAACUGUUUUGAGUUUUUUAUUUUUUUUAUUUUUUAUUUUUUGGAUAUGAGGGUGGUUGGUAAGCCCCUCUUUUGGGACAGCUAGUUGAGGGUUGUGGUAAGGCCCUCUGUUAACUGAUUUAAAUGAGGGUGAAUGGUAAGCCCCUCUUGUGGGUAGGUGCGCUGAGGGUGUUUGGUAAGCCCCUCUAGUUUGGUAUGGUAGUCUGAGGGUUGUUGGUAAGGCCCUCUUGUUGACGUCAGGGCAGGUAUGUGUGAAAGUACUGAAGGGUUUCAUGGUAAGGCCCUCACGAUGGGUUCCAUCUGAACUUCAUCGACAGUGCAGACAGGAGUAGCUUCGUGGAUUUUCCAUUGUUGAAGGAUUGGAUCCCUAAUUCUAAGAGUUCAAGCUUGUCCCGUUUUAGUAAAUAAAAAUAAAAAAUUGGAUCACAGUUUCAAAUAUAUUGAAGAACAUUUUGAUUCGAGGCUGCUGGGAUCGACAGGCUACGUUUCGUGGGGUUUUUCAUCAAGGACUUCCAUCCUUGGCCAGGUGUUAUGGUAAGAUAGCAACUCCAGGUAAUGUGGUAUAACUUGGAUAAUGACUAAUUACUAAGGGCCUAGAUAUUUAAGGUCUUAGACUUAUUUCAGAUCAGCAGAAGGAGAAAGCUUAUUGGCCAUACUGAAGUAUGUCAGAAGUCUGUAACUUUAAAAGUGGUGCUUCUAGCUUCUUUGUAUUAUAAAUAAUGCAAUUGCUAGAAGUAAAGCUUUGCUAAAUGUUUUUUUCCCGUGUGGUGCGGUGUGGAGUGGUGUGGCGUGAGUGUGAAUGGUGCUUUUAAUGCUCAAAUUCAGUUUGAAUGUGAAUGAAUGUUU